CUGGAGACGCAAGGCUCUCAGCUGGUGGAACGGACAAGACUCUCUGCAAGCUGUCUGGUCAGGAAUUUUUCAACUCUUUAUCGAUUUCUGGAUUUUUUCUCUCUGAUUGAAAGGUAUUUUAUCGGGUUUUGCAAGAUGGGAAACAAAGCAACAACGGUGAAAGAAGAGCGCGAAGAGAUCCACCUGAAGAUUGUACCUCCAUUGGACAGGGCUUUUAUGCGUCGGCUUGCAAGAGAUCUCCAGAGAGUUCAUGGAUUCAAACCGAAGAGCAACACUCGUGCGAUCACUCCUCCAGAUAACUACAUCGAGUUUAUGCGGUUGAAUGGAUCUCUUGAUGUGGAUUUGGAUGACCCUGAUCUUGCACAUUUGUUCAAGUAAACAAAAGUCUCUUUUGGUGUCUGUGUUUGUUUUGUAUGAAGCUUUCAGAGUUUUAGUAUCGCUUUUAAAUGCUUGUUUGUAGAAGAUAAAUACUGUGGCAACAACAAUACUAUAUUUGUUGACAAUGUUAUCGAAAGGUCUUUAAAAGCAACUUCAAUCGUA